CGAUAACGUGGACCAGAACAGACGGCGACAGGUGAGCAGAUCGACAGGUAGACUUAUAGACAAGUUAACUGACAGACAGGUGAGCAGAUCGACAGGUGUUGGUUUCAGGAGUUCACAUCAAGAUGACUCCUCCUCCAGUUCCUGUCCCAAAGCCUCGGUCUCGUUACAUGAGGGACAGUCUGAGCUCCGCCUCUCCCUUGGACAGAGAUCUGAUCGGUGAAAAUCUGCAACCAGUUUUGUCUAAUGGAGUUCACCUGAGUACAGGUGAUGAUGCAACACCUCCUCCUCUCGUUGUGUCGGGCCGACACUUCCCGACUCUGGCUGGCGUCACUGACAUGAUCGCCACCAACAUCCCGGCAUUGGCUGGAUUCGCAACCUCCAUCGGUGGCUCCGCCCCCUCUGUGCCGACACCCCCAGCACCCUCUGCCCCGCCCUCAAUAGACAGCAUGGCUAACAGCAUUGCUGCUCACAUACCUAGCUUAGCAGGAGCUGCUAGUGCUGUGGCUAACCCAGCUGCCUCCACCACCACAUCUGUACCUGCCGCUAACACCAGUGCGGCCAGCUUAGACAGCAUCUUUAGCUCAUUAGCUAACAUACCCAGUUUAGCCGGCAUUGUUAGCAGUGCGGCUAAUCCGGCUGUUAGCUCCACCCUGUCAGACCCAUCCCCCUCACUGCCGAGGCCUGGAGAUUGUACAGAUGUUGGGGCGCUGUCACAGCUUGUGAUGUCAGCUUUAGACCAGAAUGCAGAAGUCACGUUACCAUCACUAGAGGGAGCUGCUGAGCCAACAGAGGAAGAAGACAGUGAUCUGCUCUUCCUCUUCCUCUCUCUGCUCUCCGUCAGCCGUCUGGAGAGAAACAACUCAGUUCAGUUUAAAUGUUUCUCAGAAGUCUCUGCUGGUGCUCGACUGCAGUCAUCCAACAAACCGGAUCACCUCCCAGAACCUUUAACGAACCAGGGUCUGUUCUCUGCGCCUGAUUGGCUGUUCCUUAACGAGCUAAUUAAGCUGAGCCAGGCUGCGACUAUUCGAGUGUCCAGGAAGAAGGGGGGCAGUGGGAGUUCCUCUCCACAGAGUGCCGUGGUCCGAUCCAGCUGGCUGGACGUCUGGAAGGGCUUCAGACACAAUGUUUUAUGGGCAACGUUGGACGGACAGCUGAUGUCUCUAUGGAAGAAACGCACAGACCGGUUCAGUGAGGUGCUGUUUCAUGUCUCCAGUAUCACCAAUGUGAAGAAACAGGACAAAGGCAGAUUCUCUGUUUACUUCAGGAAGAAACAUUAUGACUUCAUGGCUCAUAAUGAUGAGGUUCAGGAAGGUUGGAUUUCGUCUCUGUUGGCGUCUCGAGGCCAGCAAAGUCCCGCCCCCCCAGAACUCCAAGGACAAAUCACCAUCAAGGAUCCGCGGAGCCGCGUCUACGCCGCCGUCUGGGGUCACAAGCUCUGGAUUUAUCCCAACAAGGAGAGUUUCCAGCUGGGCAUCGCCUCCUUCUCUGUCCCCCUGAACGUGGCCACGGUCAAAUCCACUGGAAAACACUCGUUCACCCUCAUCACUCCAUAUAAGAGUUUCAACCUCUCUGUUGAUUCAUCAAAGGAUCUGUCCCACUGGUUGGAUAGUCUGUCCUCUUCCAUCCAGAGUGCUCUGUCCUGCAGCCAGGUGGCGCUGCGUCUUUGGGAAAACCCCGACAACAAGGUGUGUGCCGACUGCGGCUCGGCCAAUCCUGAGUGGGCGUCAGUCAACCUGCUCCUUGUCAUCUGUCAGGCCUGUGCAGGUCAGCAUCGAGGUCUGGGCAGCAACCUGUCCAAGGUACGCAGUCUGAAGAUGGACAGCAAGAUCUGGACUGAACCACUCAUACAG